AUGUCUACGAAUACCCAAGAUUCCAUCGAUGCCGGCAAAGCCAGUAACACAAUCGAUGUUGAGCAGCAACAAAGAACCGGUACUCUACUAGUAGAGACCCGAAAGACACUCGGCGCAGGGUCCGCUCUAGCGCUCGGGGCGUUCGGUACCACUCUGACCACCCUCUCGUUGAGUUUGAUGGAAUGGAGAGGUGUCACGACAGACAAUGUCUUCGUUGCUAAUUUCUUCUUCAUCGCCGCGUUUGGACUGGUCAUUACUGCGCAAUGGGAACUCUCGAUCGGGAAUGGAUUCGCCUACACGGUGUUUAGUGCUUUCGGUCUUUUCUACGCUGGUUACGGCGCAAUCUUGACACCUGCAUUCGGUGUCGCGCAGGCGUACGGUGGGACUAGCUCCCCCGAGUAUAAUAAUGCGGUUGGGUUCUUCAUGAUACUGUGGACGGUCUUUGUUUUCACAUUCUUGAUCGCAUCGCUUCCCAGCAAUGUUGCCUACAUUUUGGUCUUCCUCUUUGUUGAUCUUGGCUUCUUGACAGUGGCAGCGAGCUACUUUGCCAUGGCUGACGGCAACGCUGCUGCGUCGGUCGCCUUGAAGAAAUCCGGCGGCGUGUUUUGUUUCCUGGCUGGAUUGAUUGGGUGGUACAUUGUCUUCCAUUUGAUGUUACUGGAAUCUUUGGUCGAUCUACCCCUGGGUGAUACUUCGCGGCUAUUUGGAAAGAAGAAGCAGAAGCAGUAG